GCGCCAGUCGUACCUAGUGUAACGCGCGCACCCGUCUGCGUAUUUGCCGUCCGCGCGCCUUGUCAAUGUCGUCGAAUUGCCGCUGGUGAUUAUCGUUGUUUUUUUUUUUUUUUUUAACAGAUUUUUCUAAUUAUUAUUAAUCGCGUUCGGCGUAACCGACCGGGAUGAUCCGCGUGUUCAGCGACGUGGUCAGCCAGGCCCGGCUCACCCGGGUCCGGUUGGUCACCAUCGACAACUCGGCGUUCCGCCUCCACUACAGACUGUCGCUGGCCAUACUUUUGGCGAGCACCACACUGGUGUGCAGCCGUCAAUACAUUGGCGAGCACAUCCGCUGCAUCGCCACCGGCAUACCCACCCAUGUAGUCAACACCUUCUGUUUCUUCACCACCACGUACACGGUACCGGGCGUCAACAACUCGGCGCACCCGGGCGUCGGGCCCAUCCAGUGGGACUCCAAGCCGGUGCACCACGCUUACUACCAGUGGGUGCCGUUUGUGCUGUUCUUCCAGGCGAUACUGUUCUACCUGCCUCACUUGAUAUGGAAGUCGUACGAGGCCGGCACCAUUUCGCUGCUCGUCGACGGCCUGCAGCGGCUGUACCUGAAGACGGACGGCGACCAGGACGUGGUGGCCGGCAACCGGAAGAUACCGUCCACGGUGACCACGCGGGCCCGGAUCCAGGAGGUGAUCGAUCACUUGGACACGGUGACCCGGUUCCGGGUGAACCGGCACUGGGCCACCGCCCUAGUCGGCUGCGAGGUGCUCAACUUGUUGAACGUGCUGCUGCAGAUCAGGAUCAUGAACAAUUUCCUCGGCGGCCAGUUCUACUCGUACGGCUGGAAGCUGUUCUCCGUCGAAGACGAUACGUUCGACCGGGUGUUCCCAAAGAUGACCAAGUGCGACUUCCACAAGUUCGGUCCGUCCGGCACCAUCCAGACGCACGACGCCAUGUGCGUGAUGGCCCUAAACAUCGUCAACGAGAAGAUCUACGCGGUGCUCUGGUUCUGGUUCCUGUUCGUCUUGUUGCCGGUAAGCGUGGGCGCCCUCGUUUGGCGCUUCAUCCAGUACGCCCUGCACUCGCGCGAGUCCUUCAACCGGCUGGUGCUGCGCGAGUCCUCGCCCGGCGCCCGGCUCGACCCGGUCGACCUGGCCACCGUCGCCAGGCACACCACGUACUCGGACUGGCUGUUCAUGUACUACCUGGCCGGCAACAUGGACGGCGUCGUAUUCCGCGACCUGCUGCACAACUACGCCAUUGGACUGCGCAAGGAGCCCGGAUCGCAGGCCAGCGACGACGACCUGGUGCCGCUGGGCAAGACGCCACUGUGAAAACGAUAAACGCCAUUGGACAACAUUUCCUCCAAUCGGUUGUAAAUAGAAACCCUUAGCUUUUUUUUAAAACAAUUUUAUUAGGGUAAAGUCAACCCCCUCCCCAUCUCGCUAUUUUUUUAUGUACUUUUUUUUUUUUUAUUACACACUGCCAACCCCCAACGGUUUUGGGCGGUGGUUGAAAUCAUGUUAAGUAGAAUUUUUUUGCAAAAAUUGUUCGGUCCCACCAAAUGUAUUUUUUUUCUAUCGUCCUCGUUUACUACACCCAAAAAAUCAAUUUGUAAAGAAAUUCAUCCGUCGUUAAGGCAAAACGACAACGCGAUGGACAACUAAUAUUAUGAUAUAAAAAAUAAUAAUUUUUUUUUUUUUUUGUAAGCAUAUUAUUAUAUUUUAUAUUAGCUAUAAUAUUAUGUACUUAAUUCGCCAACGACUGACUGUUGUGUUUUUUGAUACGUGCCAAAAAAAAUAAAAAGAGCUUUUAUCAAGGUCGACCGACAAGGCCUUACAGCGGCACAUACAUAAUACAUGUAAUAUAAUAUUUAUUGUGAACAUCUAUAGAAUAAUAUUUUAUUAUAUAUAUAUUUAUAUAGAUAAUUAUUUUACAUUUUAAAUCCAAUUAUAUAAUAUUGUACCUAUAUAGUUUGAUUGAAACCAGUAAAGCGUCUUCUGAACCAGUAAUACUAUUGCUGCUAUUGAUUUUCAUUAUAUUAUGACGUAUGUUCUAAUUAGAGUAAAAUAAAACAAUGCAAUUAAUGUAAAACGUAGGUAGGUAUAUAAUUUAAAAUUAAAAAAAAAAAAACGACGGAAAUCGUUACACUAAGAUAUAUUAUAAUAAGGACUUUGUACUAUACAAAAUUUAUUAAUAGUAAUAAAUUAUUAUAAUUAUUA